GCGGGACAGUGUAGUUGCUCGGGGCUGGACUACACCGACGGCGGCUCGUACUUGGUCGACGGCAGCUCCACCAACGACUUCACGUUCACCUCGGAGUUUGAAGAAUGCGCUCAAUCUACCAUCACGCCCAUCCUCGUCUCGCCCGACGGCUACGGCUACGAAUGCUCACCCAUCGAGUCCCAACUCGACGGGGUGGAGCAGUCGUCGUCUUGUGCCAUCUCGUACGCUGACAUGAGCUCGGGGACGUGGACAAUCCUCAUCGAAGCCCCGGAGCAGAAUUUCAGCGUUCAGCGGCAGUUCAACAUCACCGUCAGCGACGCAGGUGUCAACACCGUUGUCGUCACGACGCAGUACCUGGACCCCGAGACCGUCACGGGAAAUUGCUACCUUCAAACGGAUACAGUGGUUCAGUACGAGCCCGGGCCCAUCACCAAGGUUGUGUCCGAGGUUGCAUGCUGGUCUACGCGGGGCGUCGUGACGCAGUACGACUUGACGACAGUCACCGAGCAAGCAUCUUGCCACUGGCCG